AUGAGCGAGCAGGUCGCCACCGCGACGCCCAUGGAGGCCGACGGCGCCGCGCCGGCGACGGAGACGAAAGAGGAGGCGGAGCCCGUCCCCGAGGACGGCCUCGACGUGCUCCUGCUCAUGCCCGGCUUCGCCGGCGGCUUCGACGGCCCGCGCGCGCAGUACCUGCGGAGCAUGGGCCACAAGCUCGAGCUCAUCGAGUGCCCGCCGCCGACGAGCCGCGCGAACCUCGAACGCGGCGUCGCGAUGCUGCAGCAGCGCCUCGCGCACGGCAAGCCGCCGGACGUGCUCCUGGCCUCCGACGAGGACGCCAAGGGCGGCGACUACGUCGAGCAGCUCGUCGAGCGGAACAUCUACGCGCACGGCCGCAUCCUGCUCCAGUCCGAACGCGAGUGCAUCCUCGGCAGCUACAACGUGCUCUACAUGAAGACGGGCCCGAUGGUCCUCGACUUCCGCAUGAACAAGCUGCUCUACGCGUGCAAGGAGAUGUGCGACGUCAACGCGCCGCCGCAAUGGAAGAAUCUCUACACGAAGAACGAGCCCGAGGCGGCCGCGGCUCCUCCGCCGGAGAUGGCGGAUUUUUUAAUUGGUGAAAUUGAUACUAUACCUUAUAAGACACAUUCAUUUUAA